AGGAACCAGCCAGUCUUUAGCCUCAGUUUGCUUCCGUCAGGCCUUGCAUCCACGCGGAAGGUGUGGGACGCCGCGGGGUGAGGAGAGCUGGUGUUUUCAUCGUGCUUGUUCACUCAUAUCAACAAGGCCAACUUGAGAAGCUGCCCACAAUGAAUGGCUCUGAAGGUCGCCCCGAGUUCUAUGACUUCGACCUCAUCAUCAUUGGUGGAGGCUCAGGAGGACUGGCGGCAGCUAAGGAGGCAGCAAAAUUUGAUAAGAAGGUGCUGGUCUUGGAUUUUGUCACACCAACUCCUCUCGGAACUAGAUGGGGUCUGGGAGGAACGUGUGUGAACGUGGGGUGCAUACCUAAAAAGCUGAUGCACCAGGCGGCUUUGUUAGGACAAGCCUUGAAAGACUCUCGAAACUAUGGAUGGAAAGUUGAGGACACAGUUAAGCAUGACUGGGAGAAGAUGACAGAGUCUGUGCAGAAUCACAUCGGCUCGCUGAAUUGGGGCUACCGAGUAGCUCUUCGGGAAAAGAAGGUCUACUAUGAGAAUGCCUAUGGGAAAUUCAUUGGUUCUCACAAGAUUAAGGCAAAAAAUAACAAAGGAAAAGAAAAAAUUUAUUCAGCAGAGCGGUUUCUCAUCGCCACUGGGGAAAGGCCACGCUACCUGGGCAUCCCUGGAGACAAAGAGUACUGCAUCAGCAGUGAUGAUCUUUUCUCCUUGCCUUACUGCCCCGGUAAAACCCUAGUGGUUGGAGCGUCCUAUGUUGCUUUGGAAUGUGCAGGGUUUCUUGCUGGUAUUGGCUUAGAUGUGACUGUAAUGGUACGGUCCAUUCUCCUGAGAGGAUUUGACCGGGACAUGGCCAACAAAAUUGGUGAACACAUGGAAGAACAUGGUAUCAAGUUUAUAAGGCAAUUCGUGCCAAUUAAAGUUGAGCAGAUUGAAGCAGGGACACCAGGCCGACUCAGGGUAACUGCUCAGUCCACGAACAGUGAAGAGACUAUGCAAGGCGAAUUUAACACAGUGUUGCUGGCAGUAGGAAGAGAUGCUUGUACGAGAACGAUUGGCUUAGAGACAGUGGGCGUGAAGAUCAAUGAAAAGACUGGGAAAAUACCUGUUACAGAUGAAGAGCAGACCAAUGUGCCUUACAUCUAUGCUAUUGGUGACAUUCUGGAGGGAAAGCUGGAGCUGACGCCUGUGGCCAUCCAGGCUGGGAGAUUGCUCGCUCAGAGGCUGUAUGGGGGCUCCACUGUCAAAUGUGACUAUGACAACGUUCCAACAACUGUAUUUACUCCUUUGGAGUAUGGCUGUUGUGGCCUGUCUGAAGAAAAAGCUGUUGAGAAAUUUGGGGAAGAAAAUAUUGAAGUUUACCACAGUUUCUUUUGGCCAUUGGAAUGGACGGUUCCAUCCCGAGACAACAACAAAUGUUAUGCAAAAAUAAUCUGUAAUCUUCAAGACAAUGAACGUGUCGUGGGCUUUCAUGUACUGGGUCCAAACGCUGGAGAAGUGACACAGGGCUUCGCAGCUGCACUCAAGUGUGGACUGACCAAACAGCAGCUGGACAGCACUAUUGGUAUCCACCCUGUCUGUGCAGAGAUAUUCACAACGUUGUCGGUGACGAAGCGUUCUGGGGGAGACAUCCUGCAGUCUGGCUGCUGAGGUUAAGCCCUGGUGUGGAUGCUGCCGCCAAGACUACAGGCCACUGCCUUGCUUCCUUGCCCACAUCUAGGUGAAGUUCAGGCUCUUGGGCUCUUGGCGCCUGUCCAAGGUGCUGUCCUAAGGCCACCAGAUGGCAGGUAGUAGGCUGCAGCAUCACACUGGGGUCACCUUGACGGACUCAGACAGACAUUCGGCAGUGUAUCAGGGAGAUACAUUCAUGAAGUCACCAGCCUCAAGCCCAAAGUGGUAGGCAGUGACAGAUCAACUGUCGGAUCUGUUCAGCUAGAUCUCCCCUUUAGGUUGUGUAAUCUUGUUUUCAAGCUGUCUUAUGUCAAUUCUAGUUUUCUUUUUUUCUCCAUGGGGUCAGUGAUACUAAAGCUAGGGAAUGUUAGCAAUCAGUUUUGUCUAAAAGCAUGCCGUGGCUGGAUAGCCACAGUCUUACUGUGUGGAAGGGGGAUGAAUUCAUUUAUGAAAGCCACACACGUUUGUCCUGAGAAAGAGCAAUUACCCUAUGACUAAAAUACACUGUUCAUUUUACUGACCUGUGUAGCUUCGUCUCUUUUAAUAAGUCAUAUGUCCAAAACAAGAAAAACCAUAGUCCACUUUUUGCAAGUUUCCCCACUGUGCACAUUGCUGAAGCUGCUUAGGAAGGGAGGUGGCGACUUGGCCAGCGUUCUUGACCUCCAUUGCAUGGCCCUCGAAGUAGUGUAGAUUGUUGCCAGCACAGAGGCCAAUGAACAACAAAUGUCUUUCUUAAUACAGUUGUUGUCCUUUGAUCUGAGUAGAGAUUGUUUGCAAUGGAAAACAAUUUGCUUUAAACUUCUUGUUUUUGUAAGGUGGAUUUAGUUUUAAGCUUCUGUCCCCUGAGAACUACAUUCAUAGACAAGUCGCUUUUUCCAGACAUAGCAUAUAACUCUUCUGAGGUAAUUACUUUUGUAAGGAAGCUGUUCAUAACAUAAGUUAUUAUUAUUAUUGAACGCAGGUGGAUGUGAAGGAUUUUUAUUGAAAAACCAAAUGGUUUUUCCUUUUUCUGUCGAAUGAACCCAAUGAUUUGUCUCCUGGGUUAUGUGACUGUGAACACGCAGGCUGAGGGCUGUGUUCGCACCACCUCUCCCACUAUAAACAGCCAUCCUGGCCCUGUAGCCCCUCUUGUCCUCACCUGUAGCACUGAGUGGUGUUUCACAGUACACUUCUGGGCCACCUCAGGGAACGUGUGUUUGCCUAGUGUUCAGCCAGCAGCACUGUCCCUGCCCCACAAGGCUCCCUCAUGACCUCCUCCCAUCAGCUUAUGUGAAAACAGUAGGAAGAGGAGAGAGGAUGGAACAGAGGGAGUUGACUCUGUUCAGUUUUAUUUAUUUAUUUUUUAAAACUUUUCACCCAAGUCUGCCAGUCUCUGAGAUUAGAACGACGGUGUAGGGUUAACUGUGCCUAAUCAUGUUGUGAUUAUCUUAGUGGAAUGGAAUGUUCUGCCCCCACGAGAAGGAAUAGUCUUCAUUGUUUAUAUUCUGUAAUCGCACAAUGUACUGUAACUCCAAUUCCAAUUCCAUGUAUUUUUGUUACAAAUUUUCUGGGGAAAAAAUGUGAAACAAUAAAAGGUGUUCAUGCAUGUGUGUCUUCU